UUCCCAACAGACACCAGUGGGGAGCUGUCCAGCCAGCGAUUUGAAGUAGUCUUCUUGCCCGGCUACUGCUGUCUCUUGUCUGUCCAGGAAUGAGAAGUGAUGGCCGGCUCUGCAACAGAGGAGAAAACCUUCCGAAGGUUCUUGGAGCUCUUCCUCCGAGAGAUGAGGCCACCACUCCAGGAGAACGACCCUGUGCCAAUGCGCCCUUUAUCGGACCUCACCUCGGCGGACGAAGUGGAAGGGGAAUGCCUCGAUAUGUGUCUUCAGCACCUGUGCAAAUAUAACUGCCCCUUCUCCCUGGCGGCUGCCCUGGCACGGGCUACAACAGACAGUGUUCUGCAGAGUGACCUCUCCAUCUACCACAUCCAGAAGACUGUUGAGGAUGGAGUAGACCCUUUCCCCCAGAUUGAGUCGGUGGCAUUUGCCAGGCUCAUUUUCAACAAACUGUGUGAAACAUGCUGCCUGUGGCUGAAAGACUUCCCUUACCGCCGCCGGCCUCAGCCCUACUAUGAGACUUCCAUCCAUGCCAUCAAAAACAUGCGCCGCAAGAUGGAGGACAAACAUAUCGUCAUCCCCGACUUCAACACUCUCUUCAACAUACAGGACCAGGAGGAGCAGGCCUUCUUCGCCGUGUUCGAUGGCCACGGGGGCGUGGACGCUGCCAUCUACGCCGCCAACCACCUCCACGUCAACAUGGUGCAACAGGAGUGCUUCAGCCAGGAUCCAGGGGAGGCCCUUUGUCGCGCCUUCAGAGUCACUGACGAACGCUUCAUCCGGAAAGCUAAGAUGGAGAACCUGCGCUGCGGCACCACGGGAGUGGUGACCUUCCUGAGGGGGCGGACCCUGUACGUGGCCUGGCUGGGGGACUCUCAGGUCAUGCUGGUCAAGAAGGGCCAGGCCGUGGAACUGAUGAAGCCUCACAAGCCUGACAGAGAGGAUGAGAAGCAGCGUAUUGAAGCUCUGGGAGGCUGUGUCAUCUGGUUCGGCACAUGGAGGGUUAAUGGCAGCCUGUCCGUAUCCAGAGCCAUAGGCGACAAUGAGCACAAGCCCUACAUCUCUGGCGAUGCCGACCACCACAUAGUCACAUUGGACGGCACGGAGGACUACCUGAUCUUGGCCUGCGAUGGCUUCUACGACACAGUCAGCCCUGAUGAGGCGGUGCGUGUGGUCAGCGACCACCUGACGGAGAACAGUGGCGACAGCACCAUGGUGGCCCACAAGCUGGUGGCCUCGGCCCGCGAUGCUGGCUCCAGCGACAACAUCUCCGUCAUUGUGGUCUUCCUUAGAGACCUCCGCGCUACCCCCCCAGGAGAGGAGGAGGGGGCAGGGGAGGAGGUAAAGGAUGAGGAGGUGGAGGAGGAAGGGCAAGGGGAGAUGGCAUGCCAAGACGGGGGCACCGCGGACGUUGGGGGGAAGGGUCACUGUUUCCUGCAGCAGUGCUCGGCUCCAGCCGACCUGGGCUAUGAAGACCGCAUGGACUCGUUGACGGACAGAACCAGCCUAGGCCUGCUGGGGCCCACGCUGGGAGAGGAGGGUCCGAUCAGGCUCCCUCUGGCCAGCUCACACCCGUCCCUGUCCUUAGGCCUCACCCAGAACCUCAUGCCUGCCGAGAGCCAUGGUGCGGGCUGGUUGCCCUGUCUAGAAGAGGGGCUAAAGGGCUUCAGGCACAAGCCCCGGCCUAAACUCCAAAUCCCCACCUGCCAGGAGCCCAGCUCAGAUGGACAAUGGCCCCUGGCGGCCGCCCUGUUUGGCUACGCGGGGAGGCACACCCGGAGGAUGGAGUGCGUGAGCCCCAGGUGGGGGUGGGGGUCCCGGGAUUGGGGCAGAGCGCCCAGGGAGCUCCCCGGCCUGCUGCACUCCACCCGUAGUGUGCCCUACCCCCAGCGCUGCCCUGAGAGAAGGCCUGGGGUGGCCCUCCCCCACCUACCCAACGGCAGCAGAGUCUGAUGAUGUGACGUAAUCUCCAGUAGCUCUUCUCUCUCCUGCCCCUUCCUUUAUCUGACUACAGUCAUUCAUUCAUCCAUCAUAAACUCCUCCUCCAGGAUACUAGCACCACCCCGUCCGUCCGUCCAUCUCUACAUGCACCUACCCCUCCCCAUAGCCACACAGCCCCAUUCAGGAGGCCGGACAUAACAAUUUACUGCUCCUGGCCCAUAUUGAAAACACACACUGUACUGUACUCUCAGAUUCAUAAUGGAAUACACAUUAUCCACUCACUCCAUCUCCAUAAAUGGGAGUAGUUAAUACAGGAUUAUAAGAUUAGUGGUCAYUUACCUGAAUAAAUCCAACAUAUAUAGACCGAUAUGUAUUCCAGAUGGGGUUACAAUAGAGGAUAAUGGCAUCUAAAAGGGGAUAUUAUUAGGAAAUGAUAUUCUAUUUAUAAUGUUGGGGAUGACGUCAUCCAAGAGCAGACAUUAAUCAGUCCUUGCUAUGCCUGUCAAAUUGAUGUUUACAUAACACUAAACACAAGAUGUGUUCUCAUUGACGAGAAGUCUUUCCCAACAGGUUGGGUGUGAGUAAGUUCCCUAUCAGGCAAUACUUACUGGGCCAGAAUAGUUCAGACAAAGCAGCAGAACAAAUGCCUUCAAUAUCUGUCACUUAAGACCAUUUCCUGAAAAAGAAAAAUGGAUGGGAAUUUUGAGCCUCAGUCGACAGAGUCCCUUCUAAGCUUCCCAUUACAAUGCGGACCCAUGUGUGUCAUAUCACUUACAUGGACUACUUAACCAAUCACUAUGCUGCUUUAUAAUUUCACUAACAACAAUAGAGCAUAAGAAUGAUCCAUGUCAAAGUCUUCAUCUCUGGUUUGACAAAUAUAGUAAAUUAAUCUUAAUCUCAUUAUCCUUUCAAAUGUAAAUGGUAUUUUUUCUGAAACUCCAUAGUUUCAGCAGGUAGCCUAGUGGUUAGAGCGUUGGACUAGUAACCAGAAUGUUGCUAGAUUGAAUCCCCGAGCUGA